CGAUAAUAAAAUGAUCCACGAACAGUAUAGAUUCUUCGGCAAAGAAUUGGUUAAUUCUUCAGGUGAAUUCCAAAAGGAAAACACAGACAGAAAUAAACCAAAGCAUCUUACUGUAUUACCUAGAUAUCUCAAACUAAAUUUAUGGCAGGAAGAGAGAGAAAACAAAAUGGAAGUUGAAAAUUGCACUCAAUAAUUAUGUUCUUUUGAUUAAUAAAUGCUUAAAGACCCUCAAUAUACUUCACUAUAUAGUUAAGAGAUCUUUACUUAUUUGUUGACUUAAGAAUAGAAAUAUUUAGUUAGUAAUAAUUAUAUGAAUGAACAAUAACAACCUGACUUAAAUACUAGAAUGAGAGCAAUCCUACUGGAUUGGCUGAUUGAUGUUCAUCUCAAAUUUAAAUUAAGGGAUGAGACAUUAUAUGUUACAACAUAUUUAAUAGACAGAUAUCUAAAUCUUAAGACUACGACCAGAUAAUAACUUUAACUAGUUGGAGUGGCUUCCUUAUUUAUAGCUUGUAAAUAUGAGGAAAUAUAUCCACCUGAUUUGAAAGAUUUCGUGUACAUCACUGACAAUGCCUACACUAAAUAGGAUGUACUUGAAAUGGAAGGAUAAAUAUUGUAAACCUUAGACUUUUCCAUAACCUAACCAUCAAGUUAUUGUUUUCUCCAGAGAUUUGGUAGAAUUGCAGGAUUAGAUGCCAAGAAUUUAUUUUUAGCUUAAUAUCUUUUGGAGCUUUCAAUGAUUGACAUCAAAUUCAUGAAUUACAAACCAUCGUUUCUUUCCGCUGCUGCAAUUUAUUUGGUCCAUAAAAUAAGGUAAUAGAAAUGUAUUUUCAUAGGAAGACUCCUCAAUCUUGGAAUGAAGAAAUGCAGAAAAUGACUGGCUAUAAUGAAUAAGAACUUAGGUAUUGUGCCAAAGAAAUGUGUCUUGUAUUGCAAUCAUAAGAUAAAUCAAAUCUAUAGGCUGUCAGAAAAAAGUUUGCUUAGCCUAAAUACUAAGAAGUAUCACGCAUUAGAGUGGAAAGGCAGAUAAAGUAAUAAAAAUGAAUGAAU